UGUGACAGAAGGGAGGCAGGGAGGAGGAAGGAGGACGAGAAGCUCCGCGGUGAGAGACGCAGACUCCCGCUCUCAGACACGUGGAAACCUCAGCAGCUCCUGCAGAGUCCUGAGGAGGGAAACUUUCUCCUUCUUCUUCUUUUUCUCCUUUUCUGUCACCGUUUUUUAUAAAGUUUUUUUUUUGCACACAAAGUUUGGGGAUUUUUUUUCAUCAGAGGAUUAAACUGGUGAACCAAAGAGACGCAGAAGAAAAUCUUUCAUUUCUUUAAAUGGAAUUUGUCGUUUUCAGAUUGCAGUUUUUUUCGUGUAUUUUUUCAUGUAAUCUGGUCUAAUCUAAUCUGGACCGUCUGACUGGAGGAUUUACUUCAAACGAGUAUGUUCAGCGUCAGACUGGAAGCUGGUGUCCUGCAGGAAAACAAGAAGCUGGUCUGGGAUUCAGCCUCUUGUUGAAUUACAGGAAGGUUUUGGGUUUUUUGGCUCAGUGGAAACUUCUAACAUGGACUUUUUUUGUAACCAAAUCUCCAAAUCGGCUGGAUAUGAACUUUACGGAUGAAUUCAGAAAACCCGUGAGGCUUUUUUUUUUAUCCGCGAGGACGUCCUGAGCCACCAAAGGCCGCUGUGAUGAUGGUUUUGCCGCCCGUGCCAUGCUGAGAGGGAGGUUUGCUGCCGGGAGUGUGUAUGCGUGUUUUGUUUGUCUGCUCGGACUGACAGCGCAACCGGCCAAACUCCGCACGCAGGACAUCUUCCCCAAGAUCAACACCCUCAAGGCGAAAGUCCCUUUGUUGGAGGGGUUGAACUGCACACUGUACACGCCCACCAGACAAGACUACCAGCAGAAUUGUCCCGUGUCCACCCUGAGAUGUUUUGCUGACGAAGUUAAAGUCCUCACUGAAGAGCUGGAGGCCAUCGGUGUCCCCGGGAUGAGGCGAUUCCCGCUGAUCACCAGCCUGAAGAAGCACGCGAGAUGGUUAGAAAAGACUCAGCAGAAGACGUCGGACUGUCUUCAGUGUGAGCUCCUGACCGAAAAAGAGCCGCAGCCGUUCCUCGGCGAUCUCAUAUCCAUAAUUCAGAUGGUGAACUCGUGACCCUGCUGAUGGCUCCUCCACAGACUUUUCAGGACACUUCAUAACCUCCUGUCCUCUUCAUGAACUUUUCAUAUCACCCGAGCACAAAUAAAAUGUACCAUGCAUGACGUCAAA